AUGCACUUCACCACAGCAUUGAUCACAGCCGUCAGCACUGCUAUCUUUGCUGCGAGCGGCGUUCAGGCUGCUGGCAACUUUGCUGCCUCUUGUAGCAACUAUUAUAUUCAAAACAACAACUUCCUAUGGGCAACCUGUGGAGACGGUAGGGGUGGCAGGACUACCUCUGCCCUCAACCUUGAACUCCUGCAUUGGGAACGAUGUGGUAAUUAUGCGACGGGCUGCUCUGCCUGCCUUAUCCACACUGGCACCUACAUGCGAUGCCAAUGCGGUUCCGGAAGCGGCAUUGCUGACUUGAACGAAUGCGUUGCCAAUCGUGGAGGUCUUCUUGCUUGUGCCUAA